UAAAAGGGGAAAAAAAGAGACGGGGUCAGCAACGAGAUGCGAAGAAGCUUCCCCUUUUGAAAGGGGAAAUGGCCGAUGCGAGGAUUCUCAUCUGAGAACCAGUAAAAGAUGGUCGCGCCUCAAUCCAUGAUGGGAUCCGUCUCCCAGUCUUCCGACGCAGAUAAGGGGGACGAGCUGCGCGAUCUGAUGCAACGGUUUAUGGCGUCGCUUGCGGAGUUCUCCCAACGCUUGCCCUUUGAUGUAGACUUCCAGAAACUUCGUUCUAUCACAACUCUUGCUACUCUAGCGGUUACCCUAAUUUUUGCAUGGAAGCUUUGGAGAACAAUUCCAGACCAACAAUUAAGGCAGCGUAGACGACCUUCCACGUCAUCUAGCUUUUCUACUAACAACUUACAUCCAGAUACAAGCCUCCGAUCGUCUGAAAUUCGCUCAUACUCUGGAGAUUCAAGAGCACAAAGAUCUGUUAAUGAAUUCAUCCAGCCAUUAGAGCUUUCUUUGGAGCAACUAGUGAGACAUAGGUUGAAUGAUGGUCGUAAGGUAACAUGUCAGUUACUGGGUGUAGUUCUUGAUGAAACAACUCCAGAGGAGCUCCAGACACGUGCAACAGUCAGGUCGUCUGUGCUGGAAGUCCUUUUGCAGAUCUCAAAAUUCUGUGAUGUUUAUCUCAUGGAAAGAAUCCUUGAUGAUGAAAGUGGGGAAAGGGUUCUUUCAGCGUUGGAGGAUUCUGGAGUCUUUACUUCUGGUGGUUUGGUAAGAGAUAAGGUUCUUUUCUGUAGUACAGAGAAUGGGCGCAUAUCAUUUGUUCGACAAUUGGAACCUGAUUGGCAUAUUGAUGCAAGUACUGAAAUUGUACACCAGUUAACUAGAUUCAUCAAAUAUUUACUCCAUGUGACACCAGACGGACCUCAACAAACGGCUCCUAAUGUGUUCAUUUCAACUAGUUUGGAACAGUUCUUUGGUGAUCAAGGUCGAAAAUAAGUUGCAUAUUUCCUACCUAAUCUACUGAGGAUCAUCAGAUGAAAGCCCAUGCUACUCUUCCUGAUUGGAGCUAUUGGAAUUUUGUCCAUAGUUGUCCUAACUUUAUCGCUCUGUCUGUAUGUCUAGUGCACACAAUUUUAUGGCCAUGGAACCGGUACAAUAUCGUUUUGUCCCGAUUAUUUCCGGUAUGUUUGAACUCAGAUUUUGCUGCUGUCAUCACAUUUUGAACGAAUGUAUUCUUGUAAAUUUUUCUGCCAUAUUGUGUGGAAGAGGAUUCAUGUGAUC